AUGUCACAACCUAAGCCAGUCAUCGCCAUAGUUCCUGGGGGUUUUUGCGGCCCUCGCAUCUACCAGGACGUAGCCAACGCGCUGCGCGACGAUGGUUUCACAGUCAUCAUCCCAGCAUUGACCACUACCAAGGACUUAUCCUCAAAAGAUCCCACGAGUGCAGAAUACAAAGACUUUGCUAGCAAGGGCCUGCCCGAAGACGUCAAGGAAAUUCACAACAGUCUUGCUUCCGAGCUCGACAAGGGCUCUGAGGUUGUCAUCUUUGGCCAUAGUUACGGCAGUCUUCCCGCACUGAUUGCCUUGGAAGGCCAGACGGUAGAAGAGCGCAAGGCAAAGGGUCUUUCUGGCGGAAUAAAGGCCUACGCUUCAGUGUCUGGGUUUGCCUACACGAUGCGGGGAAAGAACAUCAUGGGCACUACAGAGGAUCUACCGGCAAUGCCUUACCAUACGCUCGAAGAGGGCGUUUUACAUAUGCACGACACGGCCAAACCACUAUUUUUCAGUGAUCUCUCAACCGAGGACCAAGACAAAGCCUGGGAGAAGGUCUUCAAGGCUCACAGCCACGAAAGCUUCCGCCACCUACCUGAUUUCAUCAUCUCAGACGUCAAGAUUCCAAAGAUCUAUGUUAUGUGCGAGAAGGAUCAGGUCGUCGCUCCAACCUGGCAAGAGAUGGUCAUUCAAAUGGGGGGUUUUGACAAAGUGGAGAAAUUGCCUUCGGGUCAUUUCCCGUUUGUCAGCAUUCCUGAUGAGACUGCCAAGCUUAUUGCGCAGAUCGCUACAGGGUAG